GGGCUAACAUCGCUGGAGCCACUGCCAGUCUCAACAUUUGGUUGUUUUCAUGCAUGUCCGUGUUUUAAGAGGCAGCCCGGGGAUUAAUACCGUCCAGAAAGUGUGGUGCAAGCUCAGUUAGGCAAUUCCACAAAAAAUCUUCAGAGUACUUACUCGUCAUUAAAGGCAACAAUUGAGCCCCUGCCUGCUGCUGGUUUGGUUCCCUCGCCUCCUGCUUCAGCCAUCACAUGGUGACUUUCCUGCACAACAGAAAACUGAGUGCCCACAGGUUUUUCCAUGCACCGGCAGCAGAGGACAGCUGCCCCUACUCUGCUUUUCCAGUUCUCAAGAUACAUGACUCAAAACGUGCAGAGCCUCCUGGAUACAAGAAAAUGAAAAACUAAACCAAAGAAAGUUGUUUCAUUUUCCCCCCACUCCUUCCUGAUGCUGAGCCUUCAGCAGCACUUACACCUCUGUGUGCAAAGGUAAGAAGUAGGAAGGAAGAGGCUUUAAAAGAAACCACCUUAACACCUCCUUUCUUACAGAAAAGAAGCUGCCAUAAAACCAGGGGGAGAAGAAGCAAAAGUGAGGCUAUCAGCAGCUUGCUGGCCAAUUUCCCACACGACUGCAGGAAGUUAUUUUAGAAGGAGAGAAUACAUCUGAGAAACAAGAUGUCUCAUGCUGGGAGUCGAUACCAAGAUAAGCAGCACCGGCACCAUGAGAACCAUAGAUCUGAUAGAUACAAGGAAGACAGAAGAGCAAGAAAACCAUACCCAUACAAUGCAAGAGACAUCCGAGGUGGCCAGCACUCAAGGACUUCUCCUGUUUGCUCAGACCCUUACUCUAAAACCUCAGGAGCAGCACCGGAGUAUUUUGGCCCACCACCAGAAUUUUAUCCUCCCAAGGAAAGUUUCUCAAUGAAGUGUUCAAAGGUAUGCACAACAAGAGGCAUUUUGAAGUUUGUGGAAAUCACAGUUAACCUCCUGGUGCUGAUUUGCGUGGGCGCUUCCCAAGCCUCCGUUGCAGGCUUCACGUCCCUCGGAGGCUUCGGCUCCUUCAACCUGAACUCGGCCUACAGCCCCUUUGAGGGCACGGAGCUGCGGGAGGUGCGGGAGCUGGACAUGCAGUUCACCCAGAUGAGAGCCCCUUGCGUGUACGGCGGAGUGGCCUUCAGCUUAACAGCAGCCGCGCUCACCCUCGUCUUCCUCGUCGUGGGCGCCAAACCCAUCCAGCAGCUCCGGCCAGGGCUGCUGGUGGGCGAAUGUGCCUUCAGCCUGCUGGCUGGCCUGGCGUACCUGGCGGCCGUGGGGCUCUACCUGCACUUCGUCAGGCAGGUGAACGCCACCGAGGUGUGCAGGCGGCGCGAGCGGCUCUACGCGCGCCGUGGCUACACCUCCAUGAACUGCGACGUCCAGGGCGGCGACGCCGCCGUCGGCCUCUUCGGGGUCGUCGCUUCCUGCCUGUACUUUGCCAGCUUUGUGCUCUGCGUCCUUGCUAUCCGCACCGUCCGGGCCUUCCAGAGCCACGCGGCCAAGGCUCAGCACAGCCCCAAGGGCGGCGUGAGAGACAGAAGCGUCAGAAAGCACCACGCCGUGCACAGGACCGCUGAAGGCUCCCACAGCGUCCAGGCUCUCGCCACGUUAGUGUGAAAUCAGCUCUGGGACUGGGCCAGAGAACUGAGGCUUCAGCAGAGGAUGGACGCUCGCAAACAGGCAGCCAGCCCACAGCGUAUUUUCCUACAAGGCGCUGAAGUGUGUAUUGAAUCACCCAUUGUAACCAUACUGCUGCAACGUGAUGGAAUAAAAUCGAUAUUGAGUGACUGUUUUAACAAGGAUUUUUGCACCGGUCUCUCAAGCUGGACUCCUGCAUUUAAAAUGAGUUUCAUUGUAAUGUUUUCAUCCUGCACAGAGCAAAUCCAAACAGCAGUACAGGUUACAACUGCGUUGCUGCCAGACUUGAGCUAACAACCACUUCUUUCCCUCUCCCAUGACAUAGGGAAUUGAAUACACAGCUAGGAUGGGCAGCUUUCAAUAGAUCCUGUGUCUGUUGUGUGUCCUGUUCCGUUAUCCUACAGUGCUUGUAAAGCAAAUAACACCUGAGUGCUUCUCUGAAUCCUGUCCGAAGUUACACUUGUAACCUUUUUUGCCUGGGCUAGUGAAGCAUUUUAUCUUUUGAGUCACUGGGAUUUACACAUGCCGAUCAUGUGCUCCCUGAGGAAUGCUGCUGGGGGAGCUAGCUGCAAUGUCAAAGGCAGCAUUCAGGGUUCUUAUGCAGUUUCCUACUACAUUUUCCCAUCUCAGUGAGCACAGAUCAGAACCUGAGAGACAUCACACUGGUCAGGUAUCAGCUUAGUAAAGAUACCAUUUGUUUCUGUAAGCACCUAAACGAGGUUUGGCUUGCUGACUCCACAGGCAGUGGUGGGCAGAGCCUGAAUCGGGAACAUGCUGCCUGUCCUGGGGAUGCUGUAACAGUGACAGAAAGUACAUGUAUCCUUCCAAUAUCUAAAUAGGCAAAGCAUGAGUGAACAGCAGUAAUUGUAUGCCCCAGGGCUGAGAAAAUAAAUUUAAGAGAACAUC